UAGUAAGUAUUUACAUUUGGAAUUAGUCAGAUUCUCUCAGAAUGAUGCAUGAAUGCAGAUAACUAAUGAUUAUGCACUUAACUUUAAAAUGGGGUCAUUUUCUACUAAAAUUAUUAUUUGUGUAAAUCAGCUUCAUAACUCUAUUUUCGGGAGUAGACAUGUAACAAUAUCUCAUGUUUCAUUUUCAGUCUUUGCAUCUUCUCCAGUGACAGAGCUGAAGAUUGGUAGUACAGUUACUCUUGUCUGUGAACUUCACAGCCCUGGGUCUUGUGGAAAAAGCAUUAGAGUGAGCUGGGUUAGUGAGACAAGAGACCCACUGCAGGGAAACAGGCACAAACUGUCAGAGUCAGAAUGCUCCUCCAGUCUGACUGUGACACUUGAGCGCUCAGACCGCAACAUGAAGUGGAGAUGCCUGCUAACUGUGGAGGGGAAGCUGAAGGCCUCACACAGUUACACCACAAGCUUCCCUGAUGUCAACGCCUGUCUGUCAGUUUGUCUGCCGGCCCGACUGGUUUUCUUCUUCCUUCUCCUGGCCAUCCCCCCGAUUAUUGGAACCAUCUUUUACAUAAGGAGGAGGAAACAUGCACAGACAGACCAAAUGCCCUCUGGACCCUCUUUGGAUUAUAUCAAUAUAGAGAUGUUGGACAGAAACGCCGUUCCUAAUUUCUCCCAGCAAAAUGCAUGCAAUGACUUGUAA